CUCACUUUCACACUUGUCCACAACAGCUGUCAUGGACGACAAGCGGCGAAGCGACACGUUUAAAUCGCCGUCAAAUCUGCUCCUUUCCGGGGCUAGGGGCGGUUUUUCCCUGGACGAUAUCACCGCCAGCCCUUUGCUUGUGCCCGUCACCGAAAACUCGUCGUCCGUCCUGACUGGCGAUGUGGACGUGGACCUGUCCGCUGGAUCCUCCAGCGUGCUGCUGCCCGCCCCCUCGCCUGUUCCCGCCUCGGCGCCUGCCCCCGCUGCCGCCCCCGCGGCCGCCCCAGGCUGGGACCCUGCGUCGUCGGCUGCCUCGUCGGCCGCCCCCAGCGGCUUCGCCUCCACGUUCGGGAGCUUCACGUCGGCGCUCUUCGGAGCGCUGCCUUCGGCCGCGGUCCCCGGCCCGGCAGCGCCGCCCGCUGGACCGGUAGGGCAGCCAGCGCCCGCCGCCAACACAGACACCGCGGAGGACGCGUUCCAGCCCGUGUCCUUGGAGCCCGCCACCGGGCCCACGCCCACCUUCUACAACCCGGGCAACAUCCCGGGGCUGGGCGCGGGGCAUGGCGCCGGGCAUGGCGCGCCCCCUCGGCCGCACUACGCGCCCCCGACCGUGAACCAGGUGGGCGGCGGACGGCCCUUUGUGCCGCAGCCAUCGGACCUGUACCUGACCAGGUCCAGCCCCCAGCUGCAGGGCCAGGGCCUAGGCCAGGGCCCCCCUCUGGCCGGACGCCCUCUGGCUGCACCCCCUGUCGAGACCGCGGCCCCGGCUGCCGUUGAGCCCCUGUUCCUCACCCCCACGGGGCCGCCCGCGGCGUCGCCUUUCGCCACCCCUACCCACUCCACGUCGGUGCCGUCGUCCGGGCCGCCGUCAAGGCCGCCGUCGAGGCCGCCGUCAGGGCCACCUCUGCCCUCAUUUGGGGCGCCGCCUGCCUUCGGCACUCCGACGGGUCCCCCGCCUGCUUUCGGCACUCCGACGAGCCCUCCACCUGCCUUCGGCACCCCGACGAGCCCCCCGGCGGCCGCCUUCGGGACGCCGACGGGACAUCCGCCCCCGCCCGGGCCGCUGUAUUCAGUGGGCGCCGCACCGCCUCCAGGCGGGUCCUCUUUCGGGAGCCCCGUCGCUCCAGUGCCGGUGCCGUCGUCCUUGUUCGGGACUCCAGCUGGGCCACCGCCGCCGACCUCCGCCUUUGGGACCCCCACGGGCCCACCGACCUCGGGGUCCCCGUUCACCACCCCGACCGGGCCGCCACCGGGACCCGGGUUCGGACCCCCGCCGUCAACGAACGCCGCCUCAGGCAACGCCUUCCGACUGGGAGGCCGCCGCCCCGUGUACGCCCCUGUGCCCGGCCUGGAGACGGCAGUGGCGGCGGCGCCGGCCCCCGCACUGUCCACCUUGACCUCAGCCCCCGUCUUCGGCGUCGGCGCCACGCCGAUGAACCCCGUCGUCAUGGCUCCCACGGUGGACUCGCCCUCUUUGCCGCCACAAGUGACGCCGGAGGUCUUUGGCAGCGGGGAGUACUAUCAGGAGGCUGCUAUGCCUCUAGAGAACUCUUCCUCCAUUAUGUAUCGGCCAGUGUACCAGCAUUGGUUUUACAAGAGAGAGGUGGAUGGCAAGGUGUGCUGGCAGCCGUUCUCCAUGGCAGAUUCCAUGGCUUUGGAAUCACAAUUUCUCUCACCUGACCUCACAUCAGAAACGGAGGUGCCUACUGAUGGAAGUCGUUACAAUGUGAAUAUCCUGAGAAGGCAGCGUGCUGCUGUUUAUUGGGAGGAAGCCCCCUCAGAAGUUCGUCGAUGCUCAUGGUAUUACAAGAAUCAUGCUGAUAGUCGAUAUGUACCUUACGAUGAAAAUGUUGCAACAAGACUUGAAGAGGAAUACAAGUUGUGUUACACAAAAAAUGACUGGCAGGGGAGGGUUGAGUUUCCAAAUGGAGAAGUGGUUGUUUUCCACAGCGCCAAUGCAAUGGCACAUUACUUGACCAGCACUUCUCCUGAUGCAUGGGGCAACACACCGGUGAGCCCCAACAUGUACACAGAUGGUACACAGCACAGACCGAGAGUUGUUAAACGAGGUGUUGAUGAGUUUGACAUUGAAAGUGGGGAGUCUGAAACAGUGGACCAUUUGCUUUUCAUUGUCCAUGGUAUUGGUUCAGCAUGUGAUCUAAAAUUCAGAUCUGUUGUUGAAGUUGUUGAUGAUUUCCGCUCUGUCACUCAACAGCUUGUUGAAUCACAUUUCUCAGCCUCUGUGGAAAGUGGCAAAGCCAGGCGCAUAGAGGUUCUCCCUGUAUCUUGGCAUGCUAAACUGCAUAGUGAAGACAUUGAACGUCAAUUAAAAUCAAUCACUCUCCCAAGCAUACCAUGGUUACGGAAUCUAACCAAUGAUACAUUAAUAGAUAUUUUAUUUUACACUAGUCCUAUCUACUGCCAGACUAUUAUAGACACAGUGGGAAAAGAAAUGAACAGGUUAUAUGAUCUGUUCCUUAAACGUAACCCUAGCUUCACUGGUGGUGUGUCAUUGGGUGGACACAGUUUGGGAUCAUUGAUUCUUUUUGAUCUCCUUUGGCACCAGAAAGGUGGUUCACAGCCAGCUACCCCCAAGAAUUCUCCUUCUACCCCGCCUGCUAGUGAUGUAGGAGAGACUAUUCCUGAAAAUCCUGAAGAUGCAGAAAAGGAGGGUCCGUCUCGUUUGGGUCCAAUGAAGAGUAAACUCAGUCGCAAAAUUAGUUAUGUAAUGAUGGGCCCGGCUGGAACUGGCCAACCUUUCAUCACAUAUCCACAGCUGAUAUUUAGUCCUGAGAACUUUUUUGCACUUGGUUCACCCAUUGGUGUUUUUGUUACUGUAAGAGGAAUAGAUAAGCUGGGUGAAGACUUUAAAUUCCCAACUUGUCCAGCAUUCUUCAACAUAUUUCAUCCCUAUGACCUAGUUGCCUACAGAGUUGAGACUCUUAUUAGAUCAGACAUGGAGAAUGUACCCCCUGUUCUGAUUCCUCACCACAAAGGCCGCAAGCGAAUGCAUCUUGAAUUGAAAGAAACUGUUGCCAGAAUGGGAGCUGACCUUAAACAAAGAGUCUUUGAUUCUGUUCGGAGCACAUGGAACUCUGUGUAUCAGCUUGCCAGCUUUCAUCGUAACAAUGAAAGUCUGACAGAUGAAAUGAACAAGGCUUUAGAAAAUGAGAUGUUGCAGCAGUCCAUGGGAGAGUGCUCAAGUUCUGCAGAAUCUGAAUCAAACCUAAAUAUUGCAGUCGGUAAACUCAAUGGUGGACGCCGCAUUGACUAUGUUUUGCAGGAAGCUCCUUUGGAAAGCUUCAAUGGAUAUCUAUUUUCUAUUGGAAGUCAUCUUUGCUACUGGAAAUCUGAGGACACCAUGCUGUUGAUGUUAAAAGAAAUGUACAGAUCGUCUGGCGUCAAUGUUGAUAGUCAAGUUCCACAGCAGCAAAUAAACCCACCUCUGGGAAUACUUUCCUCGUCAUCUACAUCUGAAGCAUUAAAUACUUACUCACAAGCCUUUUCCUCAUCUGAGCCUGCGCUUUUGGAACCUAGUCCAUUGUUUCCAACCUCCAGUCAUUCACAACAGACCAUCGGCAUGGACCCCACUGCUCCUCCAUCAGACAGUAGGGUCGCUGGCCCUCCACCGGUCAGUGGCUUCUACAGAAAGUAAAAUUUGUUAUCUUAACUAUUUCCCAUCAAGAGAAGCCACCCUAGACCUUUGAACUUAAACAAUCGACUUGGGAGGAAUUAAAAGGCUUAGUAAAAAUGUAUAUAGGUCCACUUGUAAUUAAGAUUUUCUAUUUAAAUUGUUAAUCUUACAGUGUCAACAAUGUAUUUUUGCAUUUGUGCAGUUUGUAAGAGUGUUUGAACCAGAAUAACCUUCUGAAAUGUUAAGUGUUAUCUAUUUUAUCGAUGCCAUAUGUAUUCUAUUCAUGCUCUAUUUUUUGUUCUAUGUGUUCAUUGAGUGCAAAGGUUGUCUUCAAUGUAUAAAGUGCCUUAUGAAAUUAUUUUGUUGACUGCUGACUACUGACUUUGUAAUGAAAAAGAUGCAUUGCAUUUGUAAAUACAAUAGUUUCUAUUUUGACUCAUAAAAGCAUCCAUAUUUUUAUAAGCUAUUGAUUUUUUUUGUUAUUAUUUUUUUCUUUUUUUUGAGACUGUGAUUUUGAUAAUAAUGCAAACGUACAGUAAAAUAAACAGUGACUGAACAAUU